UUAGUCAAUAAGAUUUUUUUAUUUAUUUUUUGCAACGUAAGCUUAACUUUCUGAACAUUCGAGACGUGUAGUCCACUUGUCAUUCUAAUCUCCUUUGCAUUAGCGUAGCCUCUUCUGUAGCCUGUCAACUAUGUGUCUGUCUAUCCCUGUUCUCUCCUCUCUGCACAGACCAUACAAACGCUUCACACCGCGUGGCCGCUGCCACCCUAACCUGGUGGUCCCAGCCCGCACGACCCACGUGGAGUUCCAGGUCUCCGGUAGCCUCUGGAACUGCCGAUCUGCGGCCAACAAGGCAGAGCUCAUCUCAGCCUAUGCUUCCCUCCAGUCCCUCGACUUCUUGGCACUGACGGAAACAUGGCUCACCACAGAUAACACUGCUACUCCUACUGCUCUCUCUUCGUCUGCCCACGUGUUCUCGCACACCCCGAGAGCUUCUGGUCAGCGGGGUGGUGGCACCGGGAUCCUCAUCUCUCCCAAGUGGUCAUUCUCUCUUUCUCCCCUUACCCAUCUGUCUAUCGCCUCCUUUGAAUUCCAUGCUGUCACAGUUACCAGCCCUUUCAAGCUUAACAUCCUUAUCAUUUAUCGCCCUCCAGGUUCCCUCGGAGAGUUCAUCAAUGAGCUUGAUGCCUUGAUAAGCUCCUUUCCUGAGGACGGCUCACCUCUCACAGUUCUGGACCAUUUCCGGAGACCUUCUCCCUUACCUCACCUCCCUCAUCAACUCAUCCUUGACCGCUGGCUACGUCCCUUCCGUCUUCAAGAGAGCGAGAGUUGCACCCCUUCUGAAAAAACCUACACUCGAUCCCGCCGAUGUCAACAACUACAGACCAGUAUCCCUUCUUUCUUUUCUCUCCAAAACUCUUGAACGUGCCGUCCUUGGCCAGCUCUCCUGCUAUCUCUCUCAGAAUGACCUUCUUGAUCCAAAUCAGUCAGGUUUCAAGACUAGUCACUCAACUGAGACUGCUCUUCUCUGUAUCACGGAGGCGCUCUGCACUGCUAAA